AUGGAUGUGCGACCAGUAAAUAAUCAUUCAGAAGUGAUGGACAUAAACAUUUCCAUAGGUUUGCACAAUAUACAAGAGGUUGAUAUAGUUAAAGGAGUUUUGACGGUUUCCAUAUCCACAUUUGUGUCGUGGUUUGAUCAACGCAUGGUGUGGAAUCCCGCUGAAUUUGGUGGAAUAACAAAGAUUCGAAUUUCAAUGAAGGAAGUUUGGACUCCUCCAAUUACAUUGUUAAACCCUGUAGAAUUUACAACAAUGGGUAAUCCAAAUUCGUACGUCAUAUAUUAUUACAGCGGACUGGCUGUAUUUUUACCAGCUGGGGUGAUACGCAGUUUUUGCAACUUCAACACGAAGUACUGGCCAUUUGAUAAACAAAUGUGUGACAUAGCUUUCGCUCCGAUGGACUACAUGACAGACGAAGUUCAACUUCAUAUCACUACGCCGGCAAUCAACACGGCAUUCUUUGUACCAAAUCCAGAAUGGACACUUGAUGGAACAUCAUACUACACAAGUAAUUCAUAUACUCUUUCAACAGCACAUUUCCGACUGAAGCUAAAACGCCAGUCUCUGUUCUAUAUCCUUACAGUGAUUCUACCAGUUGUUGGCAUAGGGAGUCUAGCAGGUCUUGUGUUCCUACUGCCGAGUGAAUGCGGCGAACGAGUCAGUUUUACUGUCACCAUCCUAGUGGCUCUGGCGGUUUUUCUUACAGUGGUUGAAGAUCAUCUGCCGAAAUCUUCAGAACCAGUGUCGUUAAUGUGCACCUUUGUUCUAACAGGAAUAUUGACUAAUUGUGCAGGGUGCGUGUUCGUUGUUUUGAAUCUGGCCAUCUUCCACAGAGACGAAUCGGUUCCAAAGAUGAAGUGGCAUACAUCGAUCGUCAGGAUUUCACAAUGUAAAAGGAAGAAUAGAGGCAUGUACGCCAUACGGAUGGAACAGAGCGAAGAAUUCAGACCUUCCCAGAAUAAUGAGGUUAUUAAAACAAAACCGACAAAGGUGAAUCAAACUGAGGUAAAUGGAGAUGAAGUGGUGACGUGGCGAGACGUGAGCAAAGCUAUUGACAGAGUGAUGAUGUACAUAAUGAUAAUAGUGGGUUCUGUUCCCGUACCAAUACUUAUGAUUUACAUAUCCGCUCUAUCUGAAUAUCCCGAAACUUAA